AUGUGUGAGCUUGGCGCAAAAGAAAGGCGAUCAAAGGUGGUCCAGCGCGCCGUCAAAGGUGAGGUGUGGAAUGCAGGAUCGGAAUCGGAGUUGAAGGCUGGAGGCGUUCCGGCGAUCGAGACUGGGUCCACGGGAAGUGACGACACCGGGAGUGAGGCUGAGUGGAAUAAAGAACGGCCACCAGCAGGGAGACAAAAGUUUGCCAAACUCAGUAAACUUGAUUAA